ACAAAGCAAAGUAUAUUCUCUUACUAUCAAUUCCUGUUUUUCACAGUCUUUUCCAGAAACAGUCACGGGGAGCAGAGCCGAGGAGCCGGGCAUCUGCCCUCCCCAGCAGCUCGCAGGCGAACGUCCACAGGAGACUGUGCUUCACUCCCAGGGCUGUCACGUUCCAGAGGACUUCGCCCUCAGGACAUUUUUUCUUUCUUAAAAGGACUUGUUCUUGUGGAUAUCCAGGUGGCUGGCUGGGAGAAGGAACCGGUUUCUCCAGCCCUUGGGCCUUCGCAGGCGGCCGGGCCAGACUCUACCGGGGGCUGGCGGGAGCGAACAGUGGGGCCGGGGUGGGCCUGCGCGGGGUCUGGGCUCUGGAGGACUCGAGAAAGUCUGCCGGGAGGAAGAGGAGGCAGAGGCCGCUGAGGCCCAGCCGGGAGGACAGGCCGGCCGGAGGCCCUUGCGCGCCCAGCCUGGGCCUGCACUUCCUGCAGCGGCUGCCGGGCGGGGCUGGCUGAUGAUUAACGGGGAAAGCCGCCCUCUGACGUGCUCACGCCUUCCUGGAGCGUGGGGCCCGCGGGGGCCCUGCCGUGUGUCUGGCACGGCCCUGACCCGACAGAGCCACUGCCGAGCAACUUCCGCUUCCCUGGCGCAGAGGGAUCAGGAUCUCUAGGCCAGACGGAGCCUGUCCCCACGUCUGCGGGGAGCACGGGCGCAGCCAGGAGGCCUUUAGGAAAGGGAGAUCCUUCGCUGACGCCCCGAGGAGGAGAUUUACCUGUCCCAGGUGAGACGAGUCGGGGUUGCGGCCCUCCUGGGCCGGCCUUUGCCUCCUGGCUUUCUCCUGCCGGGUUCCCGGAAAGUGCCGGUGAUCACACACAUGACCUUUGUUUUGCAGCUUCCACAGGGUUAAACAUUAAAGGAGUGGGCUUCUCUGAGAGUUCAGGAAUGCGCGACAGUUUCUCAUCAGUGACUGUCACUUGGGCAUGGCCGAAAGCUGAGACUCGGCUGGAAUCUGGGGAGUCAGGAGUCAAACGCCGGAAAAUUACUGUGACGCGGGACCCGGGCUGUCCACCGGGCAGACUCGUUCCCCUCCAGAGGGAAGGGCUCAGGGAACGCAGAGUCCUUCAGAAGUUUCUGGAGUUCUGAGAAGGCAGGCCCUGAAUGGAGGGGCACACAGAGCUGGAGUCUUCGGGAAUUGGCGUGGGGUUUAAAUCCUGCAUGUUUCAUACAAUUUGAUGACUGAGGACUUUAAGAAGACUUAGCAGUUUUUCAACUAAAAGGCGAGGAAGACCAUGCGGAGAUGCAGGGCAGCUGGGAAGGCUUCCUGACCGUGCUGGGCGUCCUGGCCGGGCUGGCAGCUUCUGGAUCCGGCUACCAAAUCGUAGAAGGUCCCAAGAAUGCAACGGUCCUGGAGGGCUCGGAGGCUCGCUUCAACUGCACCGUCUCCCAGGGCUGGAAGCUCAUCAUGUGGGCUCUGGAAGGCACCGUGGUGCUGAGCGUGACGCCCACGGAGCCCAUCAUCACCAACGACCGCUUCACCUCCGAGAGCUAUGACGUGGGCGACAACUUCGUCUCUGAGAUGAUCAUCCACGACGUGCAGCUCAACGAUUCUGGGCAGGUCAAAUGCAGCCUCCAGAACAGUAACCGGGAUGCAUCUGCUUUCCUUUCGGUCCAAGUUAUGGGAGUGUUGCUCAUCCCCAGUGCUAGUCUUGUGGUCACUGAGGAUGAGCCUUGUAAUGUUACUUGUCGAGCGUUGGGCUGGACCCCACUCCCGGAGUUUUCCUGGGAGGUCGGCGUCCCCGUCAGCCAGGCCAGCAAUUACUCUGUGCCGGAGCCCGGAGACCUUCACAGUGCGCGGAGCAUCCUGGCUCUCACGCCGCAGGGCAAUGGGACUUUGACUUGCGUGGCCACUCUGAGGAGCCUGCAGGCCCACAAGUCUGCAAGUGUGAACCUCACUGUGGUUCAGCCUGCCCUGGGCAGUAUUGAUAAUCCAGAUACAUCAUUGCCUACCUGGGCCAUAGUUCUGCUUGCAGUAUCGUUUUCAUUGCUUUUGAUCCUGAUAAUUGUUCUGAUUAUAAUAUUCUGCUGCUGUUGUGACUUCGGGAGAGAGAAAAAAGAAUCUAGUUAUCAAAGUGAAGUAAGGAAGUCUGCAAGUGGGAAAACAAACAAAGGAACUUCUGAGACAAAGUUAAAAAGUGGAAAUGAAAACUAUGGCUACAGUUCAGAUGAACCAAAGACCACACAGAUUGCUUCUCCCCGUCCCAAGGCCCGUGAAGUCAGCGUUCUGGAACGAAGUAGCAGUAGACAUCCUUAUCAGGAACCUAAUACUCAUCGGUCCAGCCCAGCCAGUCGUCCACAGGUUUCUUUUAAUAAUCUGGCCAGUCCCAGGAAGGUCAGGAAUGCAACUCUGGUAUAGCAGAGACUUCCAAUGGGCUCCAUUUUGCACUUGGCUGACGAUUUACAACAUGCAAUGCUAUCAUUCCUCUGCGUCCUGACACCGGGCUCCAGCUUUGCCAAUGUUUCCUGAAGAGGUGAUGUCGCAGUCGUUGGAACUGAUAUUUUAUAGAGAGAGAAGGAAUUGAUUUUCCCAGAUUUCAAAGUAGAAUUUGACUUUUAAAAUGUUUCCAGGUUUUAGUGAAUUUCACAAAGUUGCUAAGUAAAAGCUACAAAUUUGUCAUGGUGGUGUUUCUCAGCACUCAACACUCCCGCUUGCUGGUCCAGUAAAUGGUGGGUAAGUCUAUGAUCUACCAUGACUUUUAAAAUGUUUCUAUUACCUUAAAUCAUACUAAGAUGCUAUUUAUGUAUGUUUCACAUGUAGUGGCAUUAUUGCAUAUUAUCAGUGAAAUAAGAGGAUGAAACUUAGGGUCAAUCAGAAAUCUAAAAUCGACUGGCAAAUCAGAGCCCCACAGGUUAAAGAUAAGAUUCAAUUUGAACACUGGUGCACACGGACCUAAAUGCCUCAUGAUUGAGUAUUUACGUGAAGACAUUCACUUUCAUCUGCCUCCAUGUCAGCUUGUUCUCAUCUCCUCAAACGAAUGAAAUGUGUAUCAUGCUUUGUAGGGGAUGUACCUCUCACAGCACAAACACCACGAAAAAACUGGAGACAGACAAUGUAUUCUUUAAUAAAGAAAAAAGAA